UCGAGCACCCACCGGCCCACCGCCCGAUCGGACCUUUUACGCAACAAAAUGAGGGAGUAGUUUUUCCGUCGAACGAAUCGGAGGGAGUAUCCACCCAUCUCCUCAACUCAAGUUGCAAACGCCAAUCCCACGGGCCAAGAGAAAUGGCGAACUGGACUGACAAUGAAAUGGGGGAGUUUGUUCUUCGGAAUUCAACACCAGCGGCAGCAUUUCAGGACCCGACAUUCAAAAGGGUUCGAGUCAGCUUUCAGUGGGGUGGAAGUGGAACCGUUUCAGCUUCGUGAGUACUCCUUAAUUAAUUACCGCCCUAGUUACAAAAUUCAACCUUUAUCCCUUUUUUGUUGCCUACUCUUAUUAUUAUGGGUCCUAGCUAGCUAGGGUGCCUAAAAUGUUGAUGAAUGCUGCUGAAAGCUAUGGUUAAACGGAGAAUUGGGUCCCAGAAAUUAGUCAUCGUUCAACUUCUUUGCCGUUUGGGAUGUAAAAGCAGUGAUCUUUCAAGAGUUUCUCUGUCAAUUUUACUGUCUACUGCAUUAAUUUCUAACUCAAACGUCAUUCUCUUACAGAUUUCUGUUGGCCCUGAAUCAGACUGGGAGGAGGCUCCCAAUACAGACGACAUUCCUGUUGGCAUUUAUGUUCAUCAGCACCCCAGCACUUCCGUUCACAAUCCUGAGGUUAGUGUUCUUUUAAUUCUUAUGAGUUUACCUAGGCGUAAUUUCCCAUGUUCUUAAUCUGCUUCUGUUCUCUUUAUACCCUAAACUCAAUUGGUACUGGAUCGGUUUUGGCAUCAAACCUCUUAAUCGCACUUCCUCAACCAAUUCCAGGUUGUCCAACUCUCUUAUUAUCAAUCUAAAUCACUUUUACCAUUCAUUUAGUUGGGCUUUUUUUACAAAAUUGGUUCCCUUCCUUCCUUUGAGUGCCUCGCUUGCUAAUGUUCGUCGUGAAACCGGACUGCCUGGCCAAUGCACUUCACAAUUCAUUCUUGGGUAGUCUCAUUUGCCUUGCAAUCGGAGGUUCGAUGGUAGUAAAAGAGAUUAGAGCCAUGGGAUCGACAAACUGGGGUUGUAACUUGCAUUGCCUUGGAUAUUGGCUUACUAUAGGUUUCCUCUUCUUCUUCUUCUUCUUCUUCACAAUACUAUCCAUAUCUCUCCUUGGGAACUUGGCAAUGAAUCAUAAGUUUUUUUUUUUUUUGGCAAAUUCUCUACUUUAAUUUGCCUAGUCAAGCUCUUCAGUUUCUCUCACCCUGCUCCUGCUGAAAAGGAGUUGAGAACUUUUCUCUAUCUAUAAUGAUUUUGCUUCCAUCAAACUGAAAAUGGCCUUUGGGCCUUUGCAGUUUGCAUGACCAUAACAUAAAGAUUUUCAAGUCUGAUUCUUGAUAGUUUAUGGGCCCUUUUUCAUAUGCAGGAUUUCCAUUAUGUACAUUGGCUUCUUUGAAAUGUUGCAUUAGGAAAAGAUCCCCACUUUAUGAUGCCUAAAGUCAAACUUGGCGGCUUUGAUGUCAAGUGGUAGAGUAUUAUGGGUCAGGACAACCAACUUGGAAUAUUAGAUGCGUGUCUAUUAUUCUUUUUGUAUAGUUUAAAAUUUGCAGUCUGGUUAGACAACAUUAUUAGUUUACAUCUGCAGCUCUUCAGUUCUCUCGUAACAAGGUUUGUUGUUGAUAUAGAUGAGUUUUGAUUGUGAUGUGUGUGGAGCAGUCAACUUCACAAUAUCCUUUUUGUUACUUGUUUACCUAUUCUUCCUUUGAUGCUUCCUUUUCCUAAAAUUCCAAAGGAGACUUUGGGUUCCUAGAAACAUGGCUCUCAAAGAAUGUUCAACUAGUUGACUUUCAACGUCCCCAUUAUCAGCCAGAGACAAGUCUUAAAAUACCUCAACCCUGCAAAGACAGAAACAAAUAUCCUCAAUUUGCCACAAUGGGGUUCCUUCCUUUUGCCUUCUGUUUUCUCUUGUUCUUCUUGUGCAGUGUUCAGGCUCAGCAACCUUAUAUUGGGCAGGGGACGAACGACUGUUCGGUCACAACAAAUUCAGCCCUGGGAUACUCCUGCAAUGGCGUCAACAGGACCUGCCAAAGCUACCUCACCUUCAGAGCUCAACCUCCAUACACAACUGUUGAUUCCAUCUCCACCCUCCUGGGAUCUAACCCAUCUCAGCUGGCGGCAAUCAACUCUGUCCCUCAAACAGCAACCUUCGACAGAAACCAGCUAGUUCUUGUUCCUGUUACUUGCUCGUGUUCAGGUCAGUACUACCAGGCAAACACAUCUUACGUUGUUCAGCCUGGAGAAAGCUUCUUCCUUAUCGCUAAUGAUACUCUACAAGGACUCUCAACUUGCCAAGCUAUUAGAAAUGGGACUAGGGGAACAACAGUCAAUAUAUUUCCCGGUCAAAGACUCAAUGUUCCUCUUAGAUGUGCUUGCCCUACGAGGAACCAAACUGGCCAAGGGAUCAAUUACAUCUUGAGUUAUUCGGUCACUUGGGGGGAUAUGGUUUCAACGGCGAGUUCGAGAUUUGAUGGUGAUACUGGCUGGACUCUUCAGGCCAAUGGACUUACAGAGCAGAGUGCAACAAUCUUCCCAUUCACUACUCUUUUGAUCCCACUGCAAAACCCUCCUUCUAGUAUCCAAACUGUGUCUCCACCACCACCUCCAGCUUCCCCUCCCCCUCCUCCUCCGGUCGAGCCAUCUACACCUGGAUCCAGCUCCAGCAAGACGUGGGUCCAUGUCGUUGCUGGUGUUGUUGGAGGGGUCUUUGCUACUUUGGCUGUUGUUGGGACUGUGGUUUACUGUCUGUGGUUCCGAAGAAGGAAGGCGAAGUUGGAGCCAGCUGGUACUACUUCCGAGAGCUUCGAGGCUGUGGAGAAGAAGUCUAUGAAGAAUAAAGGAGAGGAAGAGCCUGAAGGUUUCUUCUUGGAGAGGUUAUCUAGUAUUGCUCAGUCCAUUCAAGUUUACACAUAUGAGGAGGUGGUGGCUGCCACUGAUAAUUUCAGCCCCAAAUGUUUGAUCAACGGUUCUGUUUAUCAAGGCAAGAUUAAUGGUGAUCUUGCUGCUAUAAAAAAAAUGGAUGGGGAUGUGACCAAGGAGAUAAAUUUACUCAACAAGAUCAACCAUUCCAAUAUCAUUCGUCUCUCUGGUGUCUGUUUUAAUGAUGGCAAUUGGUAUCUGGUUUAUGAGUUUGCUGCGAAUGGAGCUUUGAGUGAUUGGAUCUAUUCAUCCAGCAACGGUGGAAAGAUAUUGACUUGGACUCAAAGAAUCCAGAUUGCUGUGGAUGUAGCUUUGGGACUCGACUAUUUACACAGUUUCACGAGUCCUCCACAGGUUCACAAGGAUAUAAAAGCUGGGAAUGUGCUUCUCGAUGGUGAUUUCAGGGGCAAGAUAGCAAACUUGGCACAUGCAAGAUCAGCCGAAGGACAGGAUGGCGACUUCAACCUUACAAAGCACAUUUUCGGGACGAAAGGUUACAUGGCUCCCGAGUAUUUGGAGAAUGGUCUGGUUUCUGCAAAGAUUGAUGUUUUUGCAUUUGGAGUUCUUCUUCUGGAGAUGAUAACUGGGAAAGAAGUUGCUUCCUUGUAUAAGGAGGGAAUUGAUGGUUUGUCCGGUGUUGUAAAUGAAGUUCUUCUUUCUGAAGAUGGAGGAGAUAAUAUCACUGGAUUUCUUGACCCAUCAAUGGAAGGGAACUUUCCAUUAGAGUUUGCUGGCUUUGUAGUGAGGCUGGUUGAUGGCUGUCUGAAAAAGAACUCUCGGGAGCGUCCAGCUAUGAGCGAGCUCGCUCAAUCUCUUUCAAGAAUCUUGACGGCUUCACAUUCAUGGGAGUUGUCUAACAACAUCUCAGAGUAUAGGAAUCUCAAAGAUGAAACUUGACAAGUCAGCAUUCUUUGUAUAUUGUGAUGUUUUUUCCCCGUCUUCUGAUCUUUGUCCUUUGCAUUUGGCAUAUACAUAAAACUUGGAUCAUUUCCCUCUUUUCAUAGUAAACUAGUAUCAAUACC